GGAUCCACUUUACACAUGUACGAGAUGGAAGAUGCCUCACUAAUAUCUAUAUCUAGUGGUGUUGUAACAGUGAAUGCACUCAACUGACCUUGACCUUGUUGGAAGCUAGAAGUUUUCCUGACUAAAUUUAAACCUUAGUAGUAGCGGCAGCAGCAGAAGAAUAGGCGUGGCAUUUCUGUGUGCAUAGGAGUCAUGGAUGGGGACGUGCCCAAGACUAAAGAGAAUGGGACCCCUCAGGACCCCUGUGCGGGACUGGCCCCUAAGAAGGAGCUGCGGUUUGCCCUUGACAUGACGGACGGUCUGCUGAGUCAGGACCAUGAGGAACUCUGUGAGCGUGUGUCCUACCUUGAGAAAAAGGUACAGCAACAAGAGGAUGAAAUCAUCUGUCUGAAGAGUGCUCUUGCUGAUGUCAUUCGCCGUCUUGGGCAGGCAGAGGCAGGCAGAGCUCAAAACAGCAUUUUGCCAUCAAAGCCAGCCUUCCGUAGCAGCCCAAGAACAAAGUCUUCCAGUUCACAUGCAACUCGUACUUCUAAUCUCAGUGCAUUGGAUAAUGCACAUGUGACUCCAGCCCGCAGCAACACACCACCUGCCACCCGUAGCACCUCCUCACCACGACCUUCAUCCUCAUCCAGCCUUAGUAAGAAAUGGUCUUCUAUGUCCAACCAAAACAACAUCAGUGGCCACUCUAAUGUGAGACGUAGCGUUUCCCAGAGCAGCUUGCUGAUGCGGUCAAACCACCGAGGUGCAAAGGAACCAGUAUGGAACUGUGAUGAAGGUUAUCUGAAGAUCUACCUUCGUGGCCGUCCAGUGAACCUGUACAGUCCAAGUGCUAUCACUGAGUAUGACAUCUCCAAGGUCGGAGAAGCUCCUGAUGAAAAACUCCGCCUGGAAUGGGUUUAUGGUUACCGUGGACGAGACUGUCGGUCCAACCUUUACUACCUGCCAACAGGGGAGAUGGUCUAUUUCUCAGCAGCAGUUGUCGUCCUCCACAACAUGGAGGAGAACACCCAGAGGCACUACGUUGGUCACACAGAUGAUGUCAAAUGCUUGGCAAUCCAUCCUGACAAGAUCAAGGUAGCAUCUGGGCAGGUUGCAGGUCAUAGUCGUGUGGAAGGCAAGAAAUUCGGUAAAAAGACAGAAAUACCUGUUGAGGAUCGCGAACAUUGGCCUCAUGUCCGUGUCUGGGACUCCGUCAGCCUUAACACCAUCCAUGUUGUAGGUGUCGGAGAGUUUGACCGUGCCGUCUGCUGCAUCUCGUUUUCUAAACUAGAUGGUGGCCAUCACCUGGUUGCCGUUGACGAUGCCAAUGAGCAUGUGAUAUCUGUGUGGGACAUAAGCCGUGACAACCCUCGCCGUGUCACAGAAACCAAGAGCUCCACAGAACCUGUCCUAGCAGUGGAAUUCCAUCCUUCUGAGAAGAACUCUAUUAUUUCCUGUGGUAAGGGACAAAUCAACUUCUGGACCUUGGAGGGAGGUACUUUGGCCAGGAAACAGGGCAUCUUUGAUAAACAUGACAAACCAAAGUAUGUGCUGUGUCUGACAUUUGCCGAUAGUGGUGAAGUUAUUUCUGGGGACUCCAAUGGAAACAUCUUCAUUUGGGGCAAAGGUACCAACAGGAUCACUCAGGCCGUGACAGGCAGUCACGAGGGUGGUGUGUUCUCGUUGUGUAUGAUGAAAAACGGAUGCUUGGUAUCAGGAGGCGGAAAGGAUCGCAAAAUUAUUCAGUGGGAUAACAAUUACAAACCUACAGGAGUAGAAAAUGAGGUUCCGGAAUCAUUUGGUGGUGUAAGGAUGCUGAGUCAAGGUAAAGGUGGCAUGGUUUUGGUUGGAACUACACGCAACUGUAUCCUACAAGGAACUCUCGACCUUCAGCUUGACCCUGUCGUACAGGGUCACAUGGAUGAGCUGUGGGGCUUGGCCGCCCACCCUAGCCAGAAUCAGUUCCUGACUUGUGGUUCAGACAAACAGGUUCGCCUGUGGGACAGCCUGACCCGAUCUGUUGUGUGGACCAAAGACGUUGCAGAUGCUGCCCACUCCUGCAGUAUUCAUCCCAACGGUAACCUGGCAGCCAUCGGUACAGAGACUGGGCGCUGGUAUAUCCUUGAUCUCCACACUCAUGAGAUUGUCACCAGCCAUACUGAUGGAAAUGAACAGAUAGAAUGCGUGUUAUUCUCACCAGAUGGAAAGUACUUGGCACUUGGCUCCCGCGACAACUAUGUGUAUGUCUAUGAGGUCUUAGAUGAUGGACAACGCUACAACAGAAUUGGCAGGUGCUCGGGACACAGUAGUUUUAUAACACACAUUGACUGGUCGUCUGAUGCUCAGAACUUGGUCAGCAACUCUGGGGACUAUGAGGUUCUAUACUGGAGUGUUCCAAGCUGCAAGCAGGUCACCUCUGCCUCCUCCCUCAGAGACGUAGAUUGGGCUACACAGAACUGUACUCUGAGCUUUAAUACUGCUGGUAUUUGGCCAGAUGAUGCUGACGGCACAGAUGUAAAUAAUUGCUGCCGUUCCAGUAAACACCACCUGGUGGCCAGUGCUGAUGACUUUGGCAAGGUGAACCUGUACAGUUACCCAGCCUGUCAACCAAAGACUAAAGGCAGUAUAUAUGGAGGGCAUAGUAGUCAUGUGACCAGUGUGAACUUCCUGCACGACGACUCACGUCUUAUUUCCACGGGAGGACGGGAUAUGAGCAUACUGCAGUGGGAAGUUGUGUGAAUGGUGGAACAGAUUGCAGCACUUAGCUAGGUGUAGAGUUUUGUGAAGGUGGAACAGCAGUAUAAUGAGGGCAGCGGUUGGCUGCAAAUUUGGCUAAGGCGUAUGUGUACGGAGAAGAAAUUGCCCAUGGACAUUGAGUACAGGAUCAAAUCUUUUGUUACUUAUGUGUGUUUGGUGGUAUAUUUGUAAUCUUGAGAACAGUUUUUGUAACAUAGCAGCAGGGUGUGGGAGAGUAGAUGCACAGGAUAUAUAGCUAAUCAUAUAUUCUUAGUGGAUGUAACUCUUUAGAACUACAAUGAUUUAGACAGCCUCCUGGUUAGAAACCAGCACCAUUGAAGAAGAUGCUGAUGGUAUUUUUUUCUUGUUAAAGCAUUGAAUAUAAUUGUAAAUUAGAGAUCAAAUGAUAGAUGUUCAUGAUUUUGAGAGAUAAUCAUUCUUUACAUAAUGUGUUCAAUUAAAUUGCAAUCAGUUCAGAUUUACCUGAUCACUAUUCUAUACUAAUCAAGUCUGACCAACUCAUUUGUGAUUGUAAAGUUGGUAGUUCAAUAGAAAGGAAAUGAGACACACAAAUACAUACAGUUUGAAAAUACACAUAAGACAAAGAAAUAGAAACAUUACUACAAUUAGCUGAGAUUUGUUGUACAGUUAAAUAUACAGUGUAAGUUUUAUUUCAUGCCUUCUUUAUACACUAAUUUACAACAUUGAUUAGUAAGAGGUACAUGUACCUGCUUUGAGAUUUGAGAGAAUGAUGUUCAAUUAGGCAGAGCAGACUAUAAUUGGUUUAGAUCAUACCAGAUCACAUUUGCAUGACAUUGAAUUUUUUCCAAGUUAUUCAAUUACACAUAUAACCUCUUUGUUGAUUCAAAUUUAUACCUAUGUUGACAUUUGUUUGUUCAAGUUUUAUCUGCGGAAGGAAAACUAAAGCAAAUUAUCUUGAAGCAGGCUUAACCACAAGAUGGACUCCUUUCUAAUCCUCCCUUUCUACUACUUGUUAUGUACUCUAUAACAUUGGACAAAAUAUAUAUAAAGUCUUUUUUUCUUCGUUUGCAGUGUGUGAAACUUGUUAAUCAGUUUGUUAACUUUGUCUUAAUGUCUUGUAUCAUGGAUGGCAAAUAAUUGUUUUUGUGAUAUACAAUGUAUCUAGAUUUUGUCCAUUUUGUUAUAUGUUUAUCUUUUGCCUACAGCAUUUGCAUGUUAAAUUCUAAUGUUAAGCCCCUUGUUUGGCCCAAAGGGAACUCACUGCCAGGGAAACAAUCAUGUUUGUAUAUAUUAAGCAAUAAGUCCUGAGAUUGUGGCCUUAUUAUUACAGGACAUGUCCCAAACAUCAGGUAUUUUCAUCCUUUAUGAAAUUUCUAAAAUCAUCCUGCCCCUGUUUAUAUGAUUUUUACAGUGUAGAGUUUCAGUCUUGACUUUCCUGCUGUAGGCCAAUACGAAGACUUAUCUUACAUGUACUCCGGAACUUUAGCAGUGCUUUUAUAGCUAUAAUCUACAAUACUUAUGUGCCUGAAAUUUUGAUAAUCAUUUUUUGUAAUCUCUUCUUUGUGAUUCAAGUAUAUAUCAGUUGUCAAAUUUUGGUCUUAAUGGUUUAUAUCUGAUUUUGACUAGGAUAAAUUUUAGUUAGCCUAUACUGUAAAGACUAAGAGCUGAAAAUUUUGCUUCAUUUUAGAGUUUGUGCGAGAGUUUGAAGGUAAAACAUAUUGUGUUCACCACAUAGCUGAUUGAUUUAAAGCCUUUCUUGUCCAAAAGGACCCAUACUCAUGAAUGAAAGGUUAAUCAUAAAGGAAACUGGGAGAAAAUCAAUGAGGUUUGUUGUUCCGAGCAAGACAAUUUUAUUGAAACAUUGCAUGAUCUAUUACAAGUUCCGAAAUAUAAUUUCCUUUGGCUGUUAUCAGGGACCACAAACUUGAAACUAUAAUAAUUAGCUACCCAUCGUAUCUUUUUUGUUAUUAGAUAUUUGAAUUUAUACUCAAUAUAUGUAACAGAAAGGGUUACAGAUUUAUGUUUUAAAGAAAGCGUAAAUAUUAGUCAUAAUAUAGAAACUCUAUUUUAGAGAUAGAACUAGGGAGAUUUAUAUAUUCCUGGAAAAAUGUGUUUGUAAUUGUGUUAGCAAAUAGGAAUCAUAAAAAAGAAUGCUUCCUUCUGUGUAUGUAGUUCUGGAAUAACAGAUACCAUGGACUUAGAUAUAUCUGUAAGUCCUUGCCCAUACCUUUACUUAAUUGUCAACUGAGCAUUGUAAACAUCUGGAUAGUAUCAUUAUAGACCUGUGGUGUUGUGGUGUAGCUCUAUGUUCCCACUAUCUGUAGACACUAUUCUGGUGUAGGUGGUGAAGACUUGUGAUUUUUUUUUUUUUUUUUUUUGUUAUUUGUUGAUUGUUAAGGUGAAUCAGUAUUUGUGCUGUUUACACUAUAGAUUUAUACAGAUAUACUGAUUUACCACAUUAUUCUCAUCUUUCUAUAUUGUACACCAUAUUUAAUAAUUAUUAAUAGACUUAAUAAAAUUUUCAUUUCUA